CAAGGCAUGCGCAUCACACGUGACUCAUCUUCACUUCUCUCCAACGUUUGAGGGCAAUGGUGGCGAGCAUUCGCGUACGCGUCCCUUGUUUCCAUUCACUCUGCACUCUACUCAGUCUCUCGCUCUCACAACGCUGUCAAUCUCUCAGCGCAUUCACACACCCAUUACACGUUCACCGCCAUUCCCAACUGUUCCUACACCAUGGCCAACCUCAAGCUCUUUUGUAUCAUUGAUGGAGAGUCGAUCGCAUUUACAGUCAAAAUUGCGGCAUCAGACACUGUUGAUGACUUCAAGAAGCUCAUCAAGGCUCAGAAGGCUUCGCCUUCAACAACAUUGCGGCCGGCAAGCUCACGCUCUGGCUUGUCACGAUCCCCGUUGAUGUUGAGGAGGUUCCCAUCAGGCUCGACACCCUGAAUGAGAAGAAGAAGCUGCGCCCGACCAGCGAUCUCUCGGAAGUGUUUAGUGAGGGGCCCCCAAAGAAUGCAAUCCACAUCAUCGUUCAGCGAC